AUGAUGCUUGGUGCGGCGCGUGGUUUCGUGGCCAGGGCGUGCCAGCGACGUGCUCUCUCGGUAUCGGCACUGCGCAGCGAAGCAAAAACAUCGAAUAUUGCCGAAUAUACGGUUGUGGAUCACGCCUACGAUGCUGUCGUUGUUGGAGCUGGUGGGGCUGGUUUACGAGCUGCUAUGGGCUUGAGCGAAGCAGGCCAGAACGUUGCUGUGGUGACGAAGCUGUUCCCGACCCGAUCGCAUACAGUUGCUGCUCAAGGAGGUGUAAAUGCAGCGCUGGGCAAUAUGAAUCCGGACGAUUGGCGCUGGCAUUUCUAUGAUACUGUUAAAGAAGCGGUUCGUGCGGUCGUUGAAAUGGAAAACUACGGAAUGCCAUUCUCGCGAACCGAAGAUGGGAAGAUAUACCAGCGCUCAUUCGGUGGACAAAGCAAUAAUUUCGGGAAAGGUGGCUUAGCACGCAGAACAUGUUGUGUGGCGGAUCGUACCGGACAUUCGAUGCUUCAUACAUUGUACGGCUCAUCGCUUCAGUACAACUGCCGUUAUUUCAUUGAGUAUUUUGCGCUUGAUUUGAUGAUGGACAAAGGCCGGUGUGUUGGCGUAAUUGCCAUGGAUCUCGAAGAUGGAAGUAUUCAUCGAUUCCGGACAUGUUGUGUGGCGGAUCGUACCGGACAUUCGAUGCUUCAUACAUUGUACGGCUCAUCACUUCAGUACAAUUGCCGUUAUUUCAUUGAAUAUUUUGCGCUUGAUUUGAUGAUGGACAAAGGCCGAUGUGUUGGCGUAAUUGCCAUGGAUCUCGAAGAUGGAAGUAUUCAUCGAUUCCGUGCAAAGAAUACAGUGAUUGCAACGGGCGGAUAUGGACGAGCAUUCUUCAGCUGUACAUCAGCACACACAUGCACUGGCGAUGGUACAGCACUGGUGGCUCGUGCGGGACUUCAGAAUUCAGAUAUGGAAUUUGUGCAGUUCCAUCCCACCGGCGAAGGUGGUUUUUUGGUCAAUAGCAAAGGUGAACGUUUCAUGAAAAAAUACGCUCCAAAUGCACUCGAUUUGGCUUCGCGUGAUGUUGUUUCGCGUGCAAUGACCAUUGAAAUAAUGGAAGGCGAAGGCGGUUUUUUGGUCAAUAGCAAAGGUGAACGUUUCAUGAAAAAAUACGCUCCAAAUGCGCUCGAUUUGGCUUCGCGUGAUGUUGUUUCGCGUGCAAUGACCAUUGAAAUAAUGGAAGGUCGUGGGGUUGGCAAGGACAAGGAUCAUAUCUAUCUGCAACUUCAUCAUAUUCCUGCAAAAGAUUUGCAUGCAAAAUUACCAGGCAUUAUGGAAACAGCGAUGAUAUUUGCGGGCGUAGAUGCUGCAAAAGAGCCAAUACCUGUUCUACCAACGGUCCACUAUAACAUGGGCGGAAUUCCAACAAAUUAUAUGGGACAAGUACUCACUCAUAAAAGCGGCAAAGGCGAUCAGUUGGUGCCAGGACUGUACGCCUGUGGAGAGACAGCAGCACAUUCGGUGCAUGGCGCAAAUCGUCUUGGAGCAAAUUCGUUACUCGAUCUUGUUGUAUUUGGACGUGCAUGUGCUAUUGAUAUACUGGAAAAAGCGAAAAAAUCCGAUGAGAAGAUCCCGGAUUUACCAAAAGGUGCGGGCGAAUCAACUAUUGCAAAUGUGGAUAGAAUGCGCUUUGCGAAGGGCGACAUCCCCACUGCUGCUCUUCGGCUGAAGAUGCAAAAAACAAUGCAACAGCAUGCUGCUGUAUUCCGACGUGGUGACAUCUUACAGGAAGGAAUCAAGAAGAUGGAGUCUCUUUUCAAUGAGCAAAAGCACCUGAAGACUACGGAUCGUGGUCUUGUCUGGAAUUCAGAUCUUGUCGAAACUCUUGAGCUACAGAACCUGAUGUUAAAUGCUAUGCAGACAAUUGUUGCUGCUGAGGCUCGGAAAGAGUCUCGAGGGGCACAUGCUCGAGAUGAUUUCCCGACAAGAAUCGACGAGUUGGAUUAUUCGAAGCCACUGGAAGGCCAAACGAAGAAACCGUUCGAAAAACAUUGGCGUAAGCAUACCAUAAUUGAACAGAAUACUGAUAGCGGAAAGCUUUGCAAUGCAGAAAACGCAUAUUGA